AUGAAGCAAAAUCAAACAUUCAUCACAUAUUUCAUCAUAAAAGGAAUAUCUGAUGUUCCUGAGCUCCAGGCUCCCAUAUUUCUUCUAGUUUUACUCAUUUAUAUCAUUGUUCUUGUCGGGAAUAUGAGUCUUCUUCUCCUGGUCUGCCUGGACUCCCAUCUUCACACUCCCAUGUAUUUCUUUCUUGCUAACCUGUCCAUAGCGGACAUGACGUCUUCCACUGUCACCCUGCAUAAGAUCCUUGUAACCUUCAUCACUGGAGAUAAUACCAUGCUCUACUUGGCCUGUAUGGUACAAGCAUACAUGUUUGGAUCCUUGUCAGGACAUGCACUUUUCAUACUGACGGCCAUGAGCUAUGAUCGAUAUGUGGCGGUUUGUAGGCCCCUGAAUUAUCACAUUAUCAUGAACCUCAAGAUAUGUCUUAUAUUGGCCUCAUUUUGUUGGAUAUUUGGUUUUCUACAGGUCGUUCCUUUCAGCUGGUUUCUAUCCGAGAUCUCUUGUUUUUCCACAAACGUGAUUGAUCACUUCUUCUGUGACCUUGUUCCUAUCAUGAACAUUGCCUGCAGUGACAUAGUAAUACUGGAAAGUCUGAACUUCAUUCAAGGACUGACCAUCUAUAUCAUUACCCCAUUUCUUCUGACUUUUGUUUCGUAUGUUUUUAUAAUUAGAGCCAUAAUGAAGAUACGUUCCAGCUUUGGUAGAAGAAAAGCCUUCUACACAUGUUCUUCACAUCUCACGGUCAUCACGUUGCUCUACACAACUUUGAUCUUACAAUAUGCCAUACCUAAUAAUGGGUUGGGUUCUAAAAAACUAUUUUCUUUGUUUAACACAGCUAUGGUCCCUAUCCUUAAUCCACUUAUUUAUAGCUUAAAGAACAAAGACGUCAAAUCAGCUUUUAUAAAGGUUAUUAGGAAGUGUAAAGUGGAGAGCUUUACUGUAACUUAA